AUGGCCUUCUUCGAAAGCUCUUGCGUGACUUGGGGAAUACAGCUAGCCCCUCGCAGUCUCACGAAGAUGAAGCAAGAGCAAAUGUUAAGAUCCACUCGUUUCCUCCGAGAGCAGAUAUGCCACCACCCGAGAUAUCCAAGAUAUCCAGUUCAGCGUGUAGAUAUCAUCGCCGUUCAUGGACUGGGUGGCAACUGGCUGAAGACGUGGGAGGCCAACGAUGGGGCCAUCUGGCUUCGAGAUCGCUUGCCUCAGCUCCUCGCGGAGAGGAACAUUCAAGCAAGGAUUCUGUCUUUCGGAUAUAAUGCCAACUUCAUCUUUUUAAAAGCCGUAAACGACAUCGAAAUAGUUGCGGGGGAGCUCUUAAGCCGAAUUGACAAUGUUAGAACCACGGACGAGCAGAAGAAGACUCCCAUCAUUUUCGUUGCACACAGCCUAGGCGGCUUAGUGGUGAAAGCAGCACUCAACAAAGCCUGGACGGAAAACUUUCACUACCAAAAUAUUGUUGACAAGGCUGCCGGCUGUGUCUUCCUGAGCGUUCCACAUCAAGGGGCAGAUUUGGCUAAAAAUGCUGCCACCAUUGUGACAGCGCUGAGUGGUCACGGUAACAACAAGCUUGUCAAGGCAAUUAUGAGGAGCUCCGAAGAGUGGAGGAAAGUUGGCCAGGAAUUCGUAUUUAGGACGGCGAAUAUAUCCAUUGCUACUGUUUUCGAGACUCAAAAGACGAAUGGCAUGAUGGUUGUCGAUCAAGAAUCAGCCAGGCUGGACCUCUAUGGGGAGAGAACCGAAGGCUUGCCGAGAUCAGAUCAUGGCAACAUCUGCAAGUUCGGCGAUAGCCCAGAUGAAAGCGAUCGAUUCCGUGGACUUGGUUAUCUCGUGACGGAGAUGGUCGAAUCUGCCUUGGAGAGAGCCACCUGA